AUGUCUCACGGUCUUGAUCUGCAACCUGCCUCAAUGAAUGACUUGGGAAGCCAGCCACAAGUCACUCAUGGCUCAUACCAAAACUACGACGCACAAUCAAUGCAUAUGGACUGCCUCAUGGUUACUACGCCCACUCCUGCGCAGUACAGUCUUGCCGCUACGAGCGCAUUUUAUCAACCUCAAAUCAUCGUCCCGUCGCAGCUGUCCCCGAUCGACGACUUCCCCAUGGCAGCUCAAUACUCGCGCUACAGCAGUCCGCAACACGGCAGCAAUAGUAUGUUGGGUAGUUUUGCGUCUUCCGAGACAAGCGUCUCAGGUUAUGACUGCACCACUCCGCCCGAUGUGUGCGAGGUUUAUGGCUAUAACGCAGACGACAAUUGGGUUCACGUUCAGGACGAUCCAGAUUGGGAACGAGUCCCUGGAGCGCCGGUUGCCUCGCCGUCGUCACCCAUACUGUCGCGCAAUUACGGCUAUCAUGACCCUGCCCAGAUACAUAACGCUCGCACCAAGCGCCGGACACCCAAACGUAGCAGAGGUCGGCAGACUACUUGCUGGGUGAGGGACGCAGGAACCAAUGCCGAGAUGGAGAUCAUUAGAGACAUCGAACCAGAGGCUGAUUACUAUGUCACGAUGGAAAGAGAUGGCCAGUGCAAGGUAAAGGUUCUGAGACAGACACCUUCCUCCAAGAAAAUGCACCAGUGCGCGAAGUGCGACGCCAAAUUCGAACGCAGCGAACAUCUUAAGCGGCAUGACUCCAAACACAACAUCGACCGGCGCUUUCACUGCUUCCUGCCCAACUGUAGGCAUCAAAAAGGCAUCAGUCGGAGUGACAACGCAAGCGACCACUUCAAGACGCACCUCAAAGACACACCCAAGGGUCGGCGUAACGGCGAUGCGGACUGGCCUACUGUCAAGGCCAUGAUCGAAAAGCACUAUGAGCCCGAGAGGGCGAGAAAGCUGAUUGUCAAUCUCGAAAACUGGAUUACAAAGAAACCUGAAGGCGCGAAGCAUCGUCCACAUCUUUAA